UUCUCUGUGCUUUAACAGCGAAGGUUUAGAGCGCAAUCAUGAGCGGAAGAGGCAAAACAGGCGGUAAAGCCAGAGCCAAGGCGAAGACUCGCUCCUCUCGUGCUGGAUUGCAGUUUCCAGUCGGUCGUGUCCACCGUCUGCUGAGGAAGGGCAACUAUGCGGAGCGUGUGGGUGCUGGAGCCCCCGUUUAUCUGGCGGCUGUGCUCGAGUAUCUGACCGCUGAGAUCCUCGAGCUGGCCGGCAACGCUGCUCGGGACAAUAAGAAGACUCGUAUCAUUCCCCGUCACCUGCAGCUGGCUGUCCGCAACGACGAGGAGCUCAACAAACUGCUGGGCGGAGUGACCAUCGCUCAGGGCGGCGUGCUGCCAAACAUUCAGGCUGUUCUGUUGCCCAAAAAAACCGAGAAGCCCGCAAAGUCCAAGUAAACUUGUUCAUUCAGCUGGUACAGGCUGGACCCCAAAAAGGCUCUUUUCAGAGCCACAUCACUUGUCCUUAAAGAGCAACGUUCUAC